AUGCAGCUCUCCACCCUCAUCAUUCCUCGUGCUCCCUCCUUCGCCGCUGACAAUGAGAUGGAGAAGGCAGUUGUUGGAUUAGAAUUCGUACGAGGAUGGUACGAGAUCCUUGAUGACCAAGGUGCAUCCAGAGGUCAGGUCCUCAUAGGCGUCUAUCCACUGGCGGAAAACGAGGAGAAUCCGCGCACUGCAAGACUCUGUCCACGUUUGGAGGCCUUGCUUAAUCCUAAUAGUGUGGCAAGGUUUCAGGGAACAGCUAUUGACGCACUACCUGCUUGCCAUAGCGGUUCGCCCAAUUUCGAUCCUAUUCCCACCCUCACAGUCUCUCCGCCGUCUUCCGAAAUUAAACCUACCCCCUCCAGUAAUUCGCAGGUACCGCCUGGCAGGGCAGAGCUGGAGCAAUGCCAACAGCCAACUAGUACGUCUUCUCUCCUUACCACUCUCCAGUGA